AUGGAAAGUUUUCGCAAAGCUCUCACAAACUCGAAACGGACAUUGGUUUUGUGCGGUGCUGGACUUUCGGCCGCGAGUGGACUUCCUACUUUCCGUGGUGCUGGGGGACUGUGGAGGAACCACGUUGCCACAGAACUUGUCACGCCUGACGCCUUCGAAGCCGACCCAUCCCUCGUCUGGCAAUUCUACCACGCCCGCCGUCACGCCGCACUCCGGGCAAAACCAAAUGCAGCACAUAUUGCGUUGGCCGAGUACACUAAAGCUCACCCCGACAAGACAUUCACUAUUUCGCAGAAUGUGGAUGGGUUAUCGACGCGUGCUGGACAUCUACGGGAUAAACUGAAUUUGAUACACGGAAAUUUGUUCGAUUUGAGGUGUUCGGGUUUGGGAUGUGGGUAUGUGGAUAAGGAUAAUUUUGAUGAGGUGUUGACAGAGGGGUUGAAGGGUGCUGAGGAUGUGAACGCCGUAUACAAGGAUAUCCGGAUUCGGGAUUUACCGAUGUGUCCGAAGUGCAAGACCAACCUCCUUCGCCCCGGUGUGGUUUGGUUUGGGGAGGGGUUGCCCAUGGAUGUGAUUGACAAGGUGGAUAAAGCGUUCCUUGGACCACCUAGAGUGGAUCUCAUGUUAGUUGUAGGGACGAGUGGGGUCGUGUGGCCUGCGGCUGGGUUUGCGGAACGCGUGCGACGGUUGGGUGGGAAAGUGGCAAUCUUUAACAUGGAGGUAGAUCAGGCUGAACCUGGUGAUUGGGUUUUUGAAGGGCCCUGUGAAGAGACGAUACCGGAAGCUUUGCAACUGACCGGCCCACCAGACUAG